GCCAUUUUUCUUGUUGUGGUGCGGUGGGAGGUUUGUGUCACAGUUCAAGAAAACAAAUCCGUUUUAAUUCAGAAUUUAACCUCUGUUUUUGUUAACUGCGGAUUGUAAUUUCACAUAAGCGAGCGUCGAGAGCAAAGAGAGCAACAUGGCGCAGUACAAAGGAGCUGCCAGUGAGGCUGGGAGAGCCAUGCAGCUGAUGAAGAAACGAGAGAAAGAGAGAGAACAGCUUGAACAGCUGAAACAGAAGAUUGCAGAGGACAACAUGGUCAAGUCCAACAUCGAUAAGAAAUUCUCAGCUCACUAUGAUGCUGUAGAGGCAGAGCUGAAGUCCAGCACAGUCGGUCUGGUGACACUGAACGAUAUGAAGGCCAAGCAGGAGGCGCUGGUGAAGGAGAGGGAGAAACAGCUGGCCAAGAAGGAGCAGUCCAAAGAGCUCCAGCUUAAACUUGAGAAGCAGAAAGAGAAGAAAAGAAAGGAGGAGCAGAAGAGGAAAAUAGCCAGUUUAUCAUUCAACCCAGAGGACGAAGGAGAAGAGGAUGAGGAGAAUGAAGAGGAAGAGGAUUACUCUCCUGUUAAGAAGAAGAAACUGGGGAAAAAUCCAGACGUGGACACAAGUUUCCUUCCUGAUAGAGACAGAGAGGAGGAGGAGAACCGCCUCAGAGAGGAACUCAGGCAGGAGUGGGAGCUCAAGCAGGAGAAGAUUAAGAGUGAGGAGAUUGAGAUUACGUUCAGCUACUGGGAUGGCUCCGGACAUCGUAAGACUGUCAAGAUGAAGAAGGGUAAUACCAUCCAGAACUUUCUGCAGAGGGCCCUGGAGGUCCUCAGAAAGGACUUCAGUGAGCUCAGGUCUGCAGGAGUAGAGCAGCUGAUGUACAUCAAAGAGGAUCUGAUAAUCCCACAUCACCACAGUUUUUACGACUUCAUUGUGACCAAAGCCAGAGGCAAAUCUGGUCCUCUCUUCAGCUUUGACGUCCACGAUGAUAUUCGACUGGUGAACGACGCCACUGUCGAGAAAGAUGAGUCUCAUGCAGGUAAAGUGGUGCUGAGGAGCUGGUAUGAGAAGAACAAACACAUCUUCCCUGCGAGCCGCUGGGAGCCGUAUGAUCCUGAGAAGAAAUGGGACAAAUACACGAUCCGGUGAAACAGCCGUCUUCUCCUCUCUCUGGAAUCCUUGGUUGUCAAUUUCCAUUAACGUCUUUCAUCAAUGCUUUAUUAAGAUUUGAUGAACUAUUGAUUAAUUAUUUUACUUGGUAUUUAAAAUACUAAUUUCCAAAAAUGUAUUUGAAUAGCCAUCGCAAUGUUUCCUGUGAAAACAACCCCACAUUCAUUUGUGUAUAGCUCAUAAACAUGUUGUAGCAUCUAAGCUUAAUAAAGUGAACCUGGUUAUGACUCA